AACGCAAAUGCAAAAUCCCACAACACAGAUGCAAACGCCAGCAAAAAUUUUUGUCGCGCGAUGGCAGCACACUCCAUAGUAACAUGUUACAUAGUGACGCUGGCGUUACCCGACGCUGCGUUAAUCGUCAAUAUUGGUUCGACAAACGAUCGGGUGUUUAUCUGAAAUUGGCGACUGAAGAACCGCAAUGUUUUGCUCACAGUGCGGGUUGGAGGUUACGUCAACAUCUAAUUACUGCUCAAAUUGCGGUAUUUUGGUAAAGACUUCGAUUGUCAUUGAUCCUGGUAGAGCCUCUACCACUACCAGCAGUAGUACAACGAAUCGUCCGUCAGUAAGUUUUGAGGAUUUUAGAAAGAUUAAGGAGGAUCAGCGCCAAUCAAGGUUUCAGCCAAAGGCCAAAAGAAGUAGACCAGGAAAGGCAUUGGCCUCAGAACCAAAAGACGUUGCCAUAAACAUCGGCAUUAAAAAGUAUGUAAAUGGCUAUUUCAAGAACAUCCGUGGUAAGUGUCUGCCAAUCAGAGUGGCCCCGAGCGCCAAUGCUUCGCUCGUCAAGGAGAAGGCCGUACUGAAACACACAAAUCACGAUGUCACCCUUGACACAAGCAUGGACUCGGACUACGUUCUGCUAUACCCGGACGGGAGUUUGGUCGAGAACAUCCCUGGGAGUCAGCAACCAUUCAAGUUGCAAGACUACAAGGAAGAAGUGGGGAAAAAUUACAAUAGGAUAACUCUGUACAUCGCCCUAAAGGUAGACUACAUAUUAGCCGAAACGACGAUGGGACAGCUGAGUAGUAGCUCUGAGUCAGAUACAGAACUCGUAGACUUAGAGAAAAUCAUAUUUGACAGGAAAAGUUUUGUCAACGCAUCCCCUGCAGGCGCAAGUUCUACUGCAUCAGGUGGUCCAGUUCCGAUUCAUACUGUGAUUAUUGACGAAGCUGGCACUAGCACUGCUACUGCUAGUACUACAAUUACCGAUGUCGAAGAUGACUCAAUGGCCUUGGUGGAGUGUCCGAUAUGCUCUGAGCACUUUCCUCUCAGAAUCAUUGCAGACCAUGCCGACAUCUGCGCUGAUAUUUGGGUGGGGAACAAUGACGAAGAGGAAGCAGAACACCCUAUUGGAGAGGAAGAUGUCUCGAUGGCAAGGUCCAACGACAGUUUAAACGACGUAAUAAGCAGCUUAGUGCCGGAUCUGUCUACCAACAAGCCCAUGAAGCUACGUAUUCGUCGCACCAACUUGUGGGUAGAUGUGCAAAGGUAUGGGCCAAAACUGUCUCCCCAAAUCCCCAUCAAAGUGGAAUUUAUUGGAGAGACUGCAGUGGACGAUGGAGGGCCAAGACGAGAAUUUUUCUCAGAAAUUCUAGCGGUUAUCGACAGGACAAUGUUUAGAGAAGGGAAGCCACUGCCAUCAACCAUUGCACUCAACAAUGGGAAUUUCUUGCUGGCUGGGAAAUUGAUGGUGAUGUCAAUUGUUCAAGGAGGACCAGCACCUGCAUAUCUGCACCCAACGAUAUAUGCUUACCUAUCUGGACAGCCUCUUUCUUCCGAAGAUAGUGUGGGCAAAUACAGACAUGCAGCUUUAAAGAUCCAAUCAGUGACAUAUCAAGAUGAACUAGCUGAUGUUCUCAUGUCUGAUGAUGUGUUUGACGUACUGGAGGAGAUCGGCUACACUGGUGUAGUGUAG